AGUAGCCUCUCUUGCUUAUUUAUUCUCCAAAGCACCUAAAGUCUCAUCUCGCUCUGAGCACACACUUCUUAGCAACAUGACUAUUCACUUGUUCUACUGCUUCUUCUUCUGCUUAGCUCUCUCUUUUCUAUUUAAUGUUUCAAGUGGAGGAAGCAAUGAAGUCACCCCAAAUUUUUCAACCCAAAACGACCCUUUUACUCCAAAAGCUUCUCUUCUUCGCUACUGGAACAAACAUGUUUCCAAUAAUCUCUCUAAACCUCAGUUUCUUCUCUCCAAGGCUUCACCCUUAUCCGCCAUUGAUGCUGCCAGACUCACCAAAUUCGCCACCCAGAACCAACUCUCCUCCCACUUUGACUCCUUCUGUUCUUUAGCUAAUCUAUUCUGCUUCUUUGAUUCGGUUAAGAUUGGCUCGCACAGCCGCCCUCGAGACGCCAACUUCGCAGUCUACUCAGGCAAAAGUUUCACCAACUACGGCUCGUCGCAAAUCGGACGAGUCGACUCGUUUAAGAACUACUCGGACGGGCUGAACACGCCCAAUGACUCGUUCAAGAAGUACAGCAGGGACUCGGGCGGUCGCAGGGAAGAGUUUACCAGCUACGCAACAGACGCCAAUGUGGCAACAAACAACUUUACCAGCUACGGUGCUGGCGCCACCGGCGGCUCUGGUGAGUUCAAGAACUACCAAGGACGAGUCAACGUUCCCAAUCUCCGGUUCAACUCAUACGACUCAGACAGCAAUAACCACAAGCUCUCAUUCUCUGUCUACACCGACGAAACCAACUCCGGAUCCGAGUCAUUCAUUAUGUACGGCAAGGAAGGCAAUGCCAUCCCUAAUGAGUUCACCAGCUACAGCGACAAUGCGAACGCCAUCGACUCGAGCUUCGCGGGUUACAGUGACUCAGGGAAUGCAGCUUAUGACUCGUUCAAAGCUUACGGCAGAGCUGCCAAUAACCCACAUAAUGAUUUUAAAAGCUAUGGCGUUCAUGGAAACGCCGGGAUCGAUACCUUCACAAACUAUCGCGAUGGAGCUAAUGUCGGCGAAGAUUCAUUUCAAUCUUACGCGAUAGGUUCCAAUGCCGGAAAAGUAAGUUUCAGUAACUACGGCAAUACGUUUAAUCCAAGCAACUCUACCUUCAAAGAUUACGGCCGAGGGUCAAAAGGUCAAACGGCGAUCGGAUUCAAGAGUUACAGUAUGAAUCGGUCAUUCAAAUACUAUAUCAACAAAGGUGUCAACUUUGCAGGGUAUGUAAACGUAAGUUCUUCAGGUAAUAACAAUGGCCUUUCCGUAAAUAAAUGGGUUGAAGAGGGUAAAUUUUUUAGAGAGUCCAUGUUAAAGCAGGGGAAUGUCAUGGUGAUGCCCGACAUUAAAGAUAAAAUGCCCAAAAGGUCGUUUUUACCCCGAACUAUCUCUUCUAAAUUACCGUUUUCAACCUCCCGGCUGGCGGAGCUCCGGGAGAUAUUUCACGCGCCUGAGAACUCCACAAUGGAGAGCGUGAUUGUGAACGCGCUAACGGAAUGCGAACGGGAGGCUAGCCGGGGUGAGACGAAACGAUGCGUUGGGUCUAUAGAAGACAUGAUAGAGUUUGCCACGUCGGUGUUGGGGCCCAACGUGGCGGUGAGGAGUACCGAAAACGUAAACGGGUCAAAGGGACAGGUGAUGAUCGGAUCAGUCAAAGGAAUCAACGGUGGAAAAGUGACGGAGUCAGUCUCGUGCCAUCAAAGUCUGUACCCGUACCUACUGUAUUACUGCCACUCGGUACCUAAAGUGAGAGUAUACGAGGCGGAGAUUUUGGAGGUGGAAAGCAGGACCGUUAUGAACCGUGGGGUUGCCAUUUGUCAUGUGGACACGUCAGCAUGGGGUGGGGGCCACGGUGCUUUCGUGGCACUGGGAUUUGGUCCUGGUCAAAUCGAAGUUUGUCAUUGGAUCUUUGAAAACGACAUGACGUGGACAAUUGGGGAUAAUUAGUUAGUUAACGGCUACUUGCUUUCUUGUUUGUUCUAUUAAUUAAUUAAUAUAUUUUGAUGUAAUUUGGAAUAUUUUUCCAAUUUUU